CCGGGGCAGGUGAACUCGGCGGAAGGAUGCCCGGCGUCGCCGCGAUCGUCUUGCUCUUGCAGCUGCUGCCGAAGGCGGAGGGCCAGGGCUUCGCAGGUGGUUGUUCAUUUGAUGAGCACUACAAUAACUGUGGUUAUAGUGUGGCUUUGGGGACCAAUGGAUUUACCUGGGAGCAGAUCAAUACCUGGGAAAAGCCAACAAUGGAUCCUGCUGUUCCAACUGGCUCCUUCAUGAUGGUAAACAGCUCUGGACGGGCAUCUGGGCAGAAAGCACACUUGCUUUUGCCUACAUUGAAGGAAAAUGACACACAUUGCAUCGACUUCCACUAUUACUUAUCCAGCAGAGACCGUUCCAGUCCUGGCUCUCUGAAUGUCUAUGUGAAGGUGAACGGUGGACCGCAGGGCAAUCCCAUAUGGAAUGUGUCAGGGAUUGUUACGGAAGGAUGGGUGAAGGCGGAACUUGCCAUCAGUACGUUCUGGCCACAUUUUUAUCAGGUGAUAUUUGAAUCUGUCUCCUUGAAAGGACAUCCAGGGUACAUCGCUGUGGAUGAAGUCAGAGUUCUUGCCCAUCCAUGCAGGAAAGCACCGCAUUUCCUCCGGCUGCAGAACGUGGAGGUUAACGUGGGGCAGAACGCAACCUUCCAGUGCAUCGCCGGGGGCAAGUGGUCCCAGCACGACAAGCUCUGGCUCCAGCAGUGGAAUGGAAGGGACACAGCGUUAAUGGUGACUAGAGUGGUCAACCAUAGACGUUUUUCUGCUACUGUCAGUGUAGCUGACACUUCGCAGCGCAGUAUCAGCAAGUACCGGUGCGUCAUUCGUUCUGAUGGUGGAUCUGGAGUUUCGAAUUAUGCAGAAUUAAUAGUGAAAGAGCCCCCAACACCUAUUGCCCCUCCUGAGCUGCUGGCUGUCGGAGCCACCUACCUGUGGAUCAAACCCAAUGCCAACUCCAUCAUCGGAGAUGGGCCCAUCAUCCUGAAAGAGGUGGAAUAUCGGACGACCACCGGGAACUGGGCGGAAACGCACAUUGUAGACUCCCCUAAUUACAAACUGUGGCAUUUGGAUCCUGACGUGGAGUAUGAGAUCCGAGUGCUGCUCACUCGCCCCGGAGAAGGAGGCACGGGGCCCCCUGGACCACCGCUCACAACAAGAACAAAAUGUGCAGAUCCAGUCCACGGACCGCAGAAUGUAGAAGUUGUCGAUAUCCGCUCCCGGCAGCUGACCUUGCAGUGGGAGCCCUUUGGUUAUGCGGUGACCCGCUGCCACAGCUACAAUCUCACGGUCCAGUACCAGUAUGUGUUUAACCAGCAAAAAUUUGAAGCGGAGGAGCUCAUCCAAACCUCUUCCCACUACACCUUGCGAGGCCUUCGGCCCUUCAUGACCAUCAGGCUGAGGUUAGCCCUCUCUAACCCCGAGGGCAAAAUGGAGAGUGAGGAGUUGGUUGUGCAGACUGAGGAGGAUGUUCCUGGACCCGUUCCCUUGGAAUCCAUCCAAGGAGGACCUUUCGAAGAGAAGAUCUAUGUUCAGUGGAAGCCUCCAAAUGAGACAAAUGGCAUCAUUACGCUCUAUGAGAUUACAUACAAGGCCGUUGGGUCUCUGGAUCCCAGUGCUGACCUGUCCAGCCAAAGAGGGAAAGUCUUCAAGCUAAGGAAUGAAACACAUCACCUCUUUGUAGGAUUAUAUCCAGGGACUACGUAUUCAUUCACCAUCAAAGCAAGCACAGUCAAGGGCUUUGGGCCACCCAUCACAACACGGAUUGCAACUAAGAUUUCAGCACCAUCGAUGCCCGAAUACGACACAGACUCCCCCUUAAAUGAGACCGACACUACCAUCACAGUCCUGCUGAAGCCUGCUCAGUCCCGGGGAGCGCCUGUCAGUGUCUAUCAGCUCGUUGUCAAGGAAGAGAAGCUGCAAAAAGCACGGAGAGCUGCAGACAUCAUUGAGUGCUUCUCUGUGCCAGUGAGCUACAAGAACGCUUCCAGUCUGGACUCACCCCACUACUUUGCGGCCGAGCUGAAGCCUGACAACCUGCCUGUCACGCAGCCGUUCACGGUGGGCGACAACAAAACCUACAACGGCUACUGGAACGCUCCCCUUUCACCCCUGAAAAGCUACAGCAUAUACUUCCAGGCUCUUAGCAAAGCGAAUGGAGAAACAAAAAUCAACUGUGUCCGGCUGGCAAUCAAAGGAGCUUCCACCCAGAAUUCCAAUGCAGUGGAACCCGAAAAGCAAGUUGACAGCACAGUGAAAAUGGCCGGGGUUAUAGCUGGUCUUCUGAUGUUUGUUAUUAUCCUCUUAGGAGCAAUGCUUACCAUCAAGAGAAGAAGAAAUGCAUAUUCCUACUCCUAUUACUUGCAUUCAAGCCAAUGUUUUAGGGGCCUCUCUGUCUUCUACAGGACCAGGAAGCUAGCCAAGAAGCAGAAGGAGACUCAGACCAGCACGCAGAGAGAGAUGGGUCCCGUGGCUACUUCAGACAAGACCGCUACCAAACUCAGUGCUGUUCACAAUGAAGAAGCUUUUUCUUCCAGCUGCCAAGAUGUUAAUGGAUUCAUAUCAUCAGACACUGUUCCAUCGACCACGCUGCUAGACAGUAGCCAUGGAGAGAUGAGCCAGCCAACUCUGACUAUCCAGACCCAUCCGUACCGGAGCUGCGAGCCGGUGGAAAUGUCCUACCCCCGGGGGCAGUUCCAGCCAGCCAUCCGCGUGGCCGACCUGCUGCAGCACAUCACCCAGAUGAAGCGAGGCCAGGGCUAUGGAUUUAAAGAGGAGUAUGAGGCACUGCCUGAGGGGCAGACGGCAUCCUGGGAUACAGCCAAGGAAGACGAAAACCGCAAUAAGAAUCGAUACGGAAACAUCAUCUCCUAUGAUCAUUCAAGGGUGAGAUUGCAGCUGCUGGAUGGGGACCCUCACUCUGAUUACAUAAACGCCAACUACAUAGACGGAUACCACCGGCCUCGUCAUUACAUUGCAACUCAAGGGCCGAUGCAAGAGACGGUGAAGGAUUUCUGGAGAAUGAUUUGGCAAGAGAACUCUGCAAGUGUUGUUAUGGUCACCAACUUAGUGGAAGUCGGCAGGGUAAAAUGUGUUCGGUACUGGCCAGAUGACACAGAAGUGUAUGGAGAUAUUAAAGUCACGUUAAUUGAGACAGAACCAUUGGCAGAGUAUGUCAUACGUACAUUUACUGUACAAAAGAAAGGCUACCAUGAGAUCCGAGAGAUUCGGCAGUUCCACUUCACCAGCUGGCCGGACCACGGCGUUCCCUGCUAUGCCACGGGUCUCUUGGGCUUUGUUCGACAAGUGAAGUUUCUCAAUCCCCCUGAAGCAGGACCUAUCGUUGUGCACUGCAGUGCUGGGGCUGGGAGAACAGGAUGCUUUAUUGCCAUUGACAUCAUGCUUGACAUGGCAGAGAACGAAGGCGUGGUAGAUAUAUUUAACUGUGUGCGAGAGCUGCGCUCCCAAAGGGUCAAUUUGGUACAGACGGAGGAGCAGUAUGUGUUUGUCCAUGAUGCCAUUUUGGAGGCAUGUCUCUGCGGCAACACGGCCAUUCCAGUCUGCGAGUUCAGAUCCAUAUAUUACAACAUCAGCAGACUAGAUCCGCAGACCAAUUCCAGCCAGAUAAAAGAUGAAUUUCAGACUCUCAAUAUUGUGACGCCACGUGUUCGGCCAGAAGACUGCAGCAUCGGGCUUCUGCCGAGGAACCAUGACAAGAACCGCUGCAUGGAUGUGUUGCCCUUGGACCGGUGCCUGCCUUUUCUCAUCUCUGUGGAUGGUGAAUCAAGCAAUUACAUCAAUGCUGCACUCAUGGAUAGCCACAAGCAACCUGCUGCCUUUAUUGUAACCCAGCACCCUCUGCCCAACACCGUAACAGACUUCUGGAGGCUGGUGUUUGAUUAUAACUGCUCCUCCAUCGUGAUGCUGAAUGAGAUGGACGCAGCACAGCUCUGCAUGCAGUACUGGCCGGAGAAGACAUCCUGCUGUUAUGGCCCCAUUCAAGUAGAGUUUGUUUCAGCAGACAUUGAUGAAGAUAUCAUCAACCGGAUAUUCCGGAUCUGCAACAUGGCCAGGCCCCAGGAUGGAUACCGUAUCGUUCAGCACCUGCAGUACAUUGGCUGGCCAGCAUACAGGGACACCCCUCCUUCCAAACGCUCCCUCCUGAAGGUGGUCAGAAGGUUGGAGAAGUGGCAGGAACAGUAUGACGGGAGGGACGGACGCACUGUUGUCCACUGCCUGAAUGGCGGGGGACGCAGUGGCACCUUCUGUGCCAUCUGCAGCGUGUGUGAAAUGAUCCAACAGCAAAAUAUCAUCGAUGUGUUCCACAUAGUGAAAACGUUGCGAAAUAACAAAUCCAACAUGGUGGAGUCGCUGGAACAGUAUAGAUUUGUAUACGAGGUUGCACUGGAAUACUUGAGUUCCUUUUAGCCGAGCAAAGGGAGGGGAGUCCCCUAAACGCCAGAGCCCCGUCUCUGACAGACGCUCUCUUCCCCUCUCCCACACUCGAAGGCAGUAACAAGUGUGGGAAGGAAAAACUCUCCUUCCCGGAGCCAGAGACUGCGACUGCACAGACCUCAGCGCCGCUGGGAGGACGAGAUGAUGCCUGUGUGUGCUGCUGCCUGCUUUCUACCGGAGCGUCUACCGCUUCUCAAAUAACCUACUGUACAAAUUAGCAAAACGGGAGACAGGCUGGAAGACUGGACUUUGUAAUCCCCUCCGACUUCCCGUCUCCUCUUUUGGAUUGUAUUUUUGCUCUCCUUGCUACGGAGUGGAGAAAGAAUGAAACCCCGAGGAAAUUCUGUCUUUUAAAUGUCUCCUUUUUAAUUUGUGAUUUUGCUCUCAAAUCCCGGUCUUUAAAUUUUGAAUUUCAUGCAGCAGUCAUUUGGGAAAAAUGAGAUAUAGCCAUAGGGGAUAUAUGAAACUUUUUGUUACAAUUUGUCUACCUUCUCUGUUGGGGUUUUUUCUUGGUUCUUGUUUUGUUCCAAAUGUAAAGGCCAACACCAAAAAAAAGAAAAAUGCUGGAGUUCUCUUCCCAUAUCCAGUUCCUUUUAGCAUGAAAAUAGCGGAAAUGAGAAGCUGUUCACAUAUUCACUGCCUCGGCUUCUGCACAAUUGUUCCCCCCCAGUUUCUGCUAGACUCCCAAGGCUGUGCACAAGCUGGUUACAUCUCUCUGGUCCAUGUUCUGUUCAGUGCUGGUGAAGCGAUAUCAUUAAAGAGUUUCACAGCCACUUAAACCUUAAAAUUAAAAUUUGCAUCAAACAAGUUGCAUUUGUCUUGCAGCUUUGGUAACUUUGUUGCCAUGUUUUUGAGGAAUUUGCUGGGGUGCAGUGUGUCUUUAAAAAACAGGGUAUAAAGUAGGUACUUAUUGGUCAUAUAUUAUGUAUUAUUAUUUUUUAUUUAUUAUGUGUAUUGCUGUAGAACUUAGGAGCCCUAGUUAUGACAGGACCCAAUUGAACUAGGCACUGUGCCAACAAAGAGCAAAAAAGGUUCCUGUUCACAGAGCAUAAAGUCUGAAGGUAAUCUUAAAGUCGUGUUUGAUCAAGAUUUCCUCGCUAUUUCCAUCAGAUGUACUACAUCGGUACUAUCAGAUGUAACUGAGCAAUUUAUCCAGAUUUCCAGGCCCUGCAAACUUAAAAGUGAUGACCCAUCCAAGCUGUAGGAAAGGCGAGGUACCUACACAGAAAUCUGUAGUGGCAUGCAUUAAGAAAUGCAUUAGACCAGCACAGCAACUUUCCAUCUUAAGCAAAACAGCUUUUGUUUUGUUCUGCAGAAAUGCCUGUGCAACUCUGUUUCUUUGAAACAAACAGCAGAUGUGUUUUGCCACAGUUCUGGAUCUUACUCUGACUUCUUUGCAGCUAAGAAAUUGCUUUUCCGAAAGAGUAUACGUAAGUAGUUAAUCAUUAAGGUCUGCAGGUUGAUCUCAGAGAAAAAAGAAAAUUUAAAUGAACAAGACCUUACAAUAUUCAGUAUUUCAGUUUAGUCAUAUAUUUUAUGUAGAGAGUGUGGGAAUAUGAGGUUGCUCUCUAUGUAAAUAAGAUCCUGGGAGAGGUAGGUUUCUUCAGGUACAGAUUUUCUAAGAGCUAGAUUGAAAGUGAGAGUUUAAGAAAAUUCCACUUUCUGACCACCCCGUAGUUUUCUGCUCUCAGAUAAAUACUCAGAGACUGUGCCAUGAGCUUGGUCGUGUCGAUAUCUGACAUGGAGAAUGCCAGAAGUUCAAAAAAAUGGUAAUAAUUCCAUACAUAAAACCAAAAGACCCCUCUGAUUCAUUCUCAUCCUUUUUUUAAUAGUUAUACCUUUGCCUUGACAGUGAAGGAGAAUUAUUAAAUCUGAUGAAAAGAACUCUUGACUUAAACAUACCUGUACCUAACUGAAAAGUUACCAUCUCUGCCGGGACCUGCAGAAAUCUAAAAAAAAAGAUGCUGGGUAUUUGCAAACAGAAGAGGAGGAUAAAAGGGAAAGCAGCACUGUGACAUAGAAAAGAAAAGGAAGGCAAAAUAGUAGUGUUUUGAUUAGAGGUGUCUUGCCGUAACAGUGUAGAUCAGUAGUCGGGUGCCAGUUGCGGAGAAGAGGGGAGUGAGCACUGAUCCCGGGGCAGGAUAUUUCAACAGCUGCCUAAGUAGAAAGAAGUUAGAGUUACAAGUCAGCAAGGUGUUCCUGAGUUCCUUCAGCCCAGAAGGCCAGAGGGAAUCAGCCCCUAUUUUCCAAAUCCCUACCAUCUCUCUAAAGAAAAGGUGCUGUGUGCAUCAACACAGUUGUCAUGGCCAGGCAGUCUCUUCUUUGAGUUAUUUGUGGGCUAUUUGCUUUUUGGUUACGUUCUCAGCUUUUUUUAUAAUGUUAGUUGUCCUAAGUGUCAUUCAGUAUUGUCAAAGUAUAUGCAGAGGUGACCAAAGUUAGUUGGAUGCUAUGAAAAUAUUAAUUAGUAUUUAGCUUUCUGUUAAUUUUACAUGGAAGCUAACAGUCCAGUAGUAAAAGAGGUUCCUCUCGUGAAUUGUUGAAAGAUUAGCUAAAGCAAUGAGGUAUAAUAGCAAGGUAAAAGGAAUGCAGAGGUAGAAGAAAUGACAAUAUGACUGAAGCGUGAGGUGUGGGAGAUGGUUCCAAGCUUAAGAGUAGCAUGAAAGAAAGUGGAUUAAAAAACAGAAGAGAAUGUGUGAAGCAAAUGUGCAUGGAGAGAAGCAAGCCUCAGAAGAACAGAGCAGAAUAGCACCACAGUGGAGUUGUUUAAGGCUUUGAGGUAAGUUUCAAUGUAUUUUCAUGGUAUGAAAAAUGCUGCUAAAGGGUCAGGCCUGUGUAUCAGCUGACCCGCAGCAACUUGCCAUGGGCAUGCUUUGAGCCCUCUGCAAAUACAGAGCUACAUUAGCGUGAACUUCAGUGAAAGAUGGUUAAGCGAAGUUUUAUCUUGUGUUUGUAAUGGAUGAGUAACACAGAUGAUGCUGGUUAGCACAGCCCAGCUGACGUACAGACCUUCCUGUGUGGUAACUCAGUUGUGUGUCUUGACCUUCUCCUAAUUUCCUGCCUACAAUCAAUGUGGGAAGAUGCUGAGCAAACCCCACAGGUUGUAUUGUCCGUAGACCCACGCUUUUAUGUUGGCAUGGAGUUGGCUGCUUCCAGGGGCCUGGCCCUGCUCUGUCUUGGCUGAGGGAUCUUUAUGCUGUUCAUCACUGCACAGUGCGUAUAUGCUCUGCCUGAAAUAAUCAUGAAGGGAAUUGUGUGGAAAAAGAAAAGAACCUCACUUUAAAUAACCUAACUACCAUGAGGUUAUUUAAACCAGAGAAUAGCAUAUAGCACAAAAAGUAAUGUGUUCAAAGCGAGGUUAUGGGCGUUGGAUUUGUUUUCACUGUGAGAGAGAGACGUGAGUUGAGAUAAAGGAGACUUGUCUCACUCCUGAUAGGAUUAAUAGUCAGUGGGGAGUAGAGUUGUUAGAAAAGAUAGAAAAGAUUGAAUUUAAACAGGGAAAAUACGAUAUUGACAAUAUCUUAUUGGUCAUAAUGAAGACAGAUUUACUCCUGUUCAGAUAUCUCCAGGGUCAAUGGACCAUUGUUUAUUAAUAGCACAGUAUUGGUCUAAAUUCUAAUCUAAAAUUGAGGGAGCUAGAAAUAAUUGAAGAAGGGUGGCAGGGAACUAUCUCAUACAAAGGGUGACUAACAUCUUAAAUUGUUAAGGCAUGUAACUGAAGCAAAGAAUUCCAGAAAUAUCUAGAGUGGCUGCUGGAGAAGGAAGACCCUGAGUUGUCUGCAGGAGAGAGAUAGAGACCAAAACCUCUAAAAGGUACAGUAGGCUUGACAAUUGUUUCUUUUUUUUUUUUUUUUGUUGCUCUUUUAGUUAAUUGCUCCUCGGUAGCUGUGCCAUAUACUGGCACCUUUCCGCCCCCCGCCCUGCAAUAAUGUCUAAGGAGAAGGCGUCUGACCUUUCCUGUAUAUGGACUUUUGAGGUACCGCCUCAUGCUUUCCCUCAGCCCAUACUUGCAUAUUGUCUGGGAGAGCACUGGGUGGCAAAGCACAAAACACGGACAAACUGACACUUACGCAGUAUAGAUUAUUGCGUGUCAAGUUUUGUUUAUUAAUACAGAUAAGAAACCUUGCAAGGGAGCACAGUGUAUAUAUGAGAAAGUAACUGAAUCGGGACUUUCGGUAGCAAGCAAGCAAAUGGGAAUUUGGUGAUUUUGGUCAUGUCCACAGCUUGACAUAACUGAUGUUCUUUUAUCAGGAAAGUCUCUCGACUAUGUUAGUAGGAGGCACUUUGAUUCAUGAUUGAAAUUCUGUAGCAAAGUUGCACAGAGUUACAUGAAACUUCGUGUCUGCCUUUGCCAUGCUUAGCCCCAACCGGUUUUAUUAAUGCGCUGUUAGGUCCCACUUACUUAUAUCAUAUUUUAGCCAUUUAUGUUAGCUAGAGUUGUCCGCCUUGGUCUAUGUGCAACAGGCACUCAGCAACGAAAGAUUUCUACAUGCCUAGAAGAGCUGUUGACUUUGUGGUCUUGUGGCCCUGAACCAAGCUGCUAUUACUGGAUCCCAUCACUCUUGGCCAGCUCCCUGCCCACACACAUGCACACUUGAAGAGAAUGUCCAGAUAAUUCCCAAAGGUAGAAAGAGAUUUGGGGAAAUGCCUGUGACCCCUAAUUUUCUGGUCCAUGUAGCUCUGUGGGGCAGGGAAGGAUAUCACAAGGUGUAACUUCUGCCUAGUGAAGCACAUGUUUGUGUGUCAGGAGCUUCCAGGCUUUUAUUUUGGAUCUGUAAACUUUGUACAAAAAAAUGCCAAGUGGCAAUGUAGACCCACAGUAGCAGAGUUAAGCCUGCAGAUGGUAGACUUUUAUUUUUCUAUUUACUUUUCACAGGCCCUUUAGAAGUAGUUUGUGGGAUUUUCCCUAGGAAUCCACAGACCAUGGAUUGUUGGUCACUGCUUUUGAUGUCCUGUAGAGUCAGGCAAAGGAGACAGGCUCCUCCAGGAAGUGCUUCAGAAGGCAGUUACACUAAUUGCCAUGUGGAAGAGAAGGAAAGGAGAAGAAAUCUCCUUUGGGAGAAAAGCAAACAUUGGAGGAGAAGGCAGAUUAAAUGGAGUCCUGAAACAGGUAGGAAACUUGCACCUUGUUCUGUCUCUCGUUCUUGAGCAGAGCUACUUAUAUAUCUCUUACUUUUCUGAGUUCAUGCCAAGAUCAUAAAAACAGGUAAUACCACAUUCCACCCUGUGGAGCUCUCUAGAGACCAAACAGUCAGUAUAAGAGGGAAUGAAUUCUGAGGGACAAACAUAAAAGCAGACUUGCUUGAGAGAGAAAUCUUCAAAUACGAGGUGUCUUUACCAGUCACACUUGCAAAAUUUGUAACAAGUCAUUACAGAGCAAUAUAAGGGAAACGUAGCCCUCAGAAAACUUCAUUGUCCUAUAAUGAAUUUAAAUAAUCUAGUGUAUUACAUUGUAGCACAGUUAACUUCGAUGAUAUAUCUGGCCAUUGCAAGGGGCAUCUCAAGAGCUUGAUGCGAGCCUGCUGUUUUCAUUUGGGAUUUGUUCAGUUGUCUUGAGUUUACAAACUUCUGUGAAAUCUAGUUUGUUAGAAACAUAAAUGGGGCCACAUAACAAAAGUUGUUCAGCAUGACCGCUGCCUGUGGGUCCAAAAUUGAAUGUAUUUCUUAGAAGACUGUGAAACACUAGAACAAAUUACUGCAUUUUUCCUGCACAGACCUUUUCAGGAGUAGAAAUUGGGAGAGCCAGCUAACCAAAAUUUAGCAUGCGCGAGUAUAAGAAUUCUGUUAAUCCUCUUGUGUUCGUAUUUAUUUAGAUUUAAAUCUUCUAUAGCCAUACAUGCAUGAUGCAUAUUUUAAAAAUGCAGGUGCCCUUCCCUUCCCCGUUUCCAAAAAUGCCUACAGCUCUUCCUUCAACGAGGACCAGCAAAUAACAUAGCAAGCAAAGCCCAACUUCUGUAGUUUUGGGGAGGGCCACUAGGAAAAUCUAUCCUGUGUUAUCUGUUAAAUAACUUGGAAAAGGUAUCAGUCAUCUCCCUCCUAAUAUAUAUACUUGAAGAAUGUGCAGUUUGCUAUAGCAGUCAAGAUAAAUCAUAAUUUUUCAUGCAUCAGGACCAAGUCCUGCUGGCACUGAAUUUGAUGGAGAAAAACAACAACAACAAAAACCUUGCUGACUUCCAGCAGCUUCUAGUCUAUAAUCUUUAUUUGCUGCAUUAAAAGAAUUUAAAAGCCUCCCUUGUACACAGUAAACUAUACAUGGCAUAUCCUACAGUUUCAUGUCAGACUGGCAUAAUCAUGAAAUACUAGCAGCUUUUUCAGUUUGGAGAAGCCCCAGAGAUCUAAAUUAAUCUUUCCAUCCCUGUCCUUGUCCCAAAACGUCAAGCAGAUUUUUCAUCCCUUUUUAUCCCUUUUCUCUGUUUUCUCUGUUUUCAACCUGAGCCUUAAGAAACAAAACAAUGCAGCAAGCUGGAUGACAGAUGCUGGUGUUCCCAUGGUGUUUCCUGGUGGGGAGGGGGAAAAAGAAUGAAACGAGAAAAGAACAAACUAAAAUGCUUUUCUUCCAAGUCGAUUCAGCAUGAGCUGUUUCUGAGCAGUAUAGACAUAGGCUAGUCCACAGCAGUCUGUCUGGAGCCAGGAUUUGCUUGUUGCAAGGUGAGGUUACAGUGCAGAUGUACGCUUUGGGAUGAGUCCUGAUCUCUUGCAUGUAGGUUCCCAAUGAUGUAGAGGUUACUUUAGUGGAGUUACUUGUUGCAGAGUGGCAAUAUUUCUAUGGUGAUGGUGUUUAUUGGGAGAUCUGAUGUCGCAGAACAGGACUGUGUUUGGGGGAAUUUGUGGCAUACCUCAAGAGCGUUGCACUGUGGAGACAUCCUUGUGUGAGUAGCUCAUCUUUCAGUGGAGACCUCUAGGGAUCAUAUUUAUGUGAAGUUAUGGAAGGGAGUAGAUUUGCAGAGAAGGGGGAGUGUGGCCAGCACUUUACAAAUUGAAUGAAUAUAGCUGCUCUAAAAGCCUCUCAGUUGUUUGGAUUGCUGAAAGUCUCACCAGGCUUCCUGUGCUGGACUUCAUGUACCUGCAGCAGAACUGGCAUUACCCCAUUGUCACCCCUGUAGCCCUUUCUUACCUCUCCAGCACUUACACUGUACUUCUAUGCCAAAAGUUUCAGCUGUAUCCUUUACACGUUUAACUCAUACAGACUCACCAUGUUAACAAAAUUCACUCCCAUAUUGAUUUAAUCUCCUUCGCCUCCUUCCCCCGCUGCAUCGAUCCUGCUGAAAUUAAAAUGUACUAGCAUCACUUGUUGCCAGCCUUGUUACUCCGUCACAUGGCAAUGCUGUGGCUGCCUCUGCAUCAGCAGUAUCCUAUUUCCGCUCCCUGAAUGCAACCGUUCAGCCAGCAGGGACGAGUGCUGCAUGAGAGCUAAUCUCUUUGCUGUUGCGAUUCCCCCCCCCCCCCCCCCCCCCGCCCUUGGCCCUUAUGGAUUACUGGUGAAACUCACUUGUACAGUUUGGAUGUUUGAUAGAUAAAGCACGUAUUAAAAAAAAGGAAAAAAAUAUAAAUACAGAAAUCUCAACACUGUGCAUUCAGUGUCUUUUCUUUCUAGCUUAAAAGAAGGAAGGUAAAUAAUGUCAAGUCAAUGAAUAUCAGAUAUAUUUUUUGACUGUACAUUACAGUGAAGUGUAAUCUUUUUUUUACAACUGCGAGUCCAUCUUAUUUAUUCUUGUAAAUGUUCCCAGACAAUGUUUGUAAUAUGGGCUGUGUUGCAAAUCCAUAAAAUAAAUCUGUGAUCUGAGAUUAAUGUUUUACUAAGA